GAGAAUCUCCUUUGUCGAGCAGCUCAUCUCUUCCCAAAUCGGACCAGGAUAAUUAUAGCUCUCCCUCGCUCUGCUGCAGUUUGCAAGCAGCUUAGGGCGGGAGUGGAGUGCAGCAGGGCGCCUGCUUCCACCGCGCGAUCCGGGAGAGCCAGGAAAUUGACAAAAGACCUGCUUUAACCAAGAGGACAACUAAUAGGCACAUUUAAUAUUUAUCUCCCAUCUGCAAGGGCUGGGGAUUUGGAGCUUAUAAUGCGGGCAGCAAGAGCCCGGCUCCGAUUGGACGUAGUAGCGGGACCGAAGGCGAGGGAGGGGCGCGAAGAGGCAGCGAGUUGGGCUGGCAGUUGCAGCGAGGAAAUGUAAACACCGGCGGCGGAGGCGGAGCGAAAAAGGCGCUUCAUCUGCUCCGGGCAGCGAGCCGCGGGCGGCGGGGGCGCUUCUGGAGAUGCGCCUCGGAGGGGCUUAGCUCUCUUUCUCUCUCUCUCCCCGGGACUGGAUGAAUCCCCGAAGCGACCUCCCUUCUCCUGGCUGCCCAAGUGAGGAAGGCUCGCCCUCCGCUUCUCCUCCUCGGAUGGAUCUAACGCGGGAGUGUGCCGGGCUGCCCUAGCCGCGCGCGGCCACUGCGGCUCCUCGGUCGGCUCCGCUGCCUGCUGCCCUUCCAGACGCCGGGGCAAUGGAAAUGAGCAUGAAGAAGUUCACAGUGCGCAGGUUCUUCUCGGUCUACCUCCGCAAGAAGUCUCGCUCCAAGAGCUCGAGUCUCAGUAGAUUUGAGGAAGAAGGUAUUGUGAAGGAGAUAGACAUCAGUCAUCAUGUAAAAGAAGGUUUUGAAAAGGCAGACCCAUCACAGUUUGAGCUGCUCAAAGUGUUGGGGCAAGGCUCCUAUGGAAAGGUGUUUUUAGUGAGGAAGGUUAAAGGAUCUGAUGCUGGGCAGCUGUAUGCAAUGAAGGUACUUAAGAAAGCAACUCUGAAAGUCCGAGAUCGUGUCCGAUCAAAAAUGGAAAGAGACAUUUUGGCAGAAGUGAAUCAUCCUUUCAUUGUAAAACUUCAUUAUGCAUUUCAAACAGAAGGAAAGCUAUAUCUUAUACUAGAUUUCCUACGAGGUGGGGACCUUUUCACCAGACUUUCCAAAGAGGUUAUGUUUACAGAAGAAGAUGUUAAGUUCUACUUAGCUGAGCUGGCCUUGGCUUUAGAUCAUCUCCAUGGUCUUGGUAUUAUUUACAGGGAUUUGAAACCAGAAAACAUACUUCUAGAUGAAGAAGGACACAUUAAGAUUACAGAUUUUGGCCUGAGCAAGGAAGCCAUCGAUCAUGACAAGAGAGCAUAUUCAUUCUGUGGGACAAUAGAGUACAUGGCCCCAGAGGUGGUCAACCGGCGAGGCCACACUCAAAGCGCCGACUGGUGGUCCUUCGGUGUCCUAAUGUUUGAAAUGUUGACAGGGUCGUUGCCAUUCCAGGGGAAAGACAGAAAGGAGACAAUGGCUCUCAUUCUCAAAGCCAAGCUAGGAAUGCCACAGUUUUUGAGCACAGAAGCUCAGAGUUUGCUUCGAGCUCUUUUCAAGAGGAAUCCAUCCAACAGAUUAGGUGCUGGCCUUGAUGGAGUUGAAGAAAUUAAGCGGCAUCCUUUUUUUGCUACUAUAGACUGGAAUAAGUUGUACAGGAAAGAAAUCAUGCCGCCUUUUAAACCUGCUGUGGGACGGCCAGAGGACACCUUUCAUUUCGACCCUGAAUUCACUUCACGGACACCAACAGAUUCCCCAGGCGUCCCUCCAAGUGCCAACGCUCAUAAUCUCUUCAGGGGAUUCAGCUUCAUUGCAUCCAACUUGGUGCAGGAGCCUCCACAGCAAGAAGUCCACAAAAUUCACCCCAUUGUCCAGCAGUUACAUGGGAACAAUAUUCACUUUACAGAUGGUUAUGAAAUCAAGGAGGACAUUGGUGUUGGCUCUUACUCAGUAUGCAAGAGGUGUGUACACAAAUCCACAGAAGCAGAGUUUGCCGUGAAGAUCAUUGAUAAAAGCAAAAGGGACCCCUCUGAAGAAAUUGAGAUUCUUCUGAGAUAUGGACAGCACCCAAACAUCAUCACUCUUAAAGAUGUCUAUGAUGAUGGGAAAUAUGUAUACCUUGUGAUGGAGCUGAUGCGAGGAGGGGAACUCUUAGAUCGAAUACUUCGGCAGAAGUGCUUCUCAGAACGAGAGGCCAGUGCUGUCCUUUGUACUAUUACCAAGACUGUCAACUAUUUGCAUUCCCAGGGAGUUGUUCACCGAGAUCUGAAACCUAGUAAUAUUCUUUACAUGGAUGAGUCAGGUAACCCCGACUCCAUCAGGAUCUGUGAUUUUGGAUUUGCCAAACAACUGAGAGCUGAGAAUGGCCUGUUAAUGACACCAUGUUAUACAGCCAAUUUUGUAGCACCUGAGGUCCUGAAACGGCAAGGCUAUGAUGCAGCCUGUGAUAUCUGGAGCUUAGGGAUUCUAUUGUACACCAUGUUAGCAGGAUUCACUCCUUUUGCAAAUGGGCCAGAUGAUACCCCAGAGGAGAUUCUGGCCAGAAUUGGCAGUGGAAAGUAUGCACUUACAGGAGGAAACUGGGAUUCAAUAUCUGAUGCUGCUAAGGAUAUUGUGUCAAAGAUGCUUCACGUGGACCCCCAUCAACGCUUGACAGCAGCCCUGGUUCUAAGGCACCCGUGGAUAGUAAAUGGGGAAUAUCUAUCCCAGAAUCAGCUCAGCCGACAGGAUGUUCACCUGGUAAAGGGAGCAAUGGCAGCCACCUACUUUGCUUUAAACCGAACACCUCAGGCACCAAAGCUGGAACCUGUAUUGUCCUCCAACCUGGCCCAGCGGAGGGGGAUGAAAAGACUGACCUCAACGAGGUUGUAGUGGUCCCAAAGAAUGCCUGGUUUAAAAAGGGAAAACAUGAGCCGCAUGUUGCUCAGAGAGGCUGAUCUGUAUUGCUAAUUUUGCAGGACUUUGGACUAUUGGCACAUAAAUUGCUAAAAUUAGCAGAACUCCAGCAUAAGGCAAAGAUAUCCUUUGCUUUCCGAUUCCUUUUGUUGCUUUUGUUUUUUAAGUUAAUGCCAAGAUCCUGAGUUAGCAGGUACUCAAAGAUGUCAUGUGCCAAUUUUUCAACUGCUGUACUGCUUCUUAUUUAAGUGUAUACUGCUAAGAUCCUAUUCUCAUUUUCUCCAAAUGUUAUUUUUGGGAUCUUUUAGAUGCUAUGUAAGACCACUUUUUGUAAGCAAUUUUCAGUAGAGAAACAAGUCGCUUUGGUUUUAGGGGUCAAUUCUACCAGCAUUUGUGUCAUGGUGAAUUGUCGCAGCUAGCAAUUGAUCCUGCUACCCAUUAUCAGCUGCAGCAGAGUUCAUCUCCAAAGAGCUGAAUGUGAAAGGAAGAGGCAUGUGAUGCUGUGAAAUCAAUGGCCUACUAAGAACGGUAUUUAACAUGAAGAAAGAAGAGCUGGCUGAGUAGACCUUGCUGUACUUCUCAAAAAGCACCCUUCAUGUGUUUGGUCUGUACAGCAAAUAAUGCAUGGGGGAGGGGAGAGAUCGUGGUUGCACCCACUGAUGCUGAUAGCCACACAUUCAAGGACCUCAUUUGCUCUGGACAUCCAUUCUUAUAUUAAUUAAUUAAUUAAUCAACUAUCUAUGCUUGGAUAAAUUGAGGGUAUGGAUCAUGGAUACAGGACCUUAUGGCAUCAUAGGCCUAUAUGUGGAGGUUCUGUGCAAAUAGAACUUUGAGUGUGUGGAGGUUUUGGUGGGGAAGUAGGCAAGACCUAGUCUCCCUCUGUGUGGAUGAAUGAAUGCAAUAAUAGUGCUUUCUAAGUAUGCUAUGCUGUGUUACAAACUCUCCUACUUUUAUUAUGGAGAUGGUGAUCUUUUGUUUGCCUGUUCCAUUUAAAAUAAUGGCUCAUAAUGCCACAUGAUUAGCUACAUGACAAAAUAACCUACUCUCUUACAAGCAGAAGCGAAAGAAACUGUCAGUGGAGAAAUUUCAGUGAGAAAAAAUCUACAAUAUUUUUCUAACAUCAGUGGAAACAGGUGUAACUGUGAUGUUGGACUAACAUUCCCUGACUGUAUUGGAUUGUGUUGUGCAUAAAGUGAUUGACAAGAAUGGACAUGCUCCACCUCCCACUGACAUCAGUGGCAAGUGCUAUGUUGGUCAAUUACUCUGGAUUGCACUCAUUGGCCACAACCCAAAACAGACUUAAGCAUGUUUAAGCCCUUUGAAAUAUUGGGUUUAGCAGCUUUAUGAUUCUGAGUUGUAUUGCUGCCAUUAUUUUAAGCACUUUACUUGACUUGCAUUUUUAUAAUGGAUUUCGCCCCCUUUCAAAAUUUUGCAAGAAAAACCAGCAUGCUACAUUGUCUCUUGUUUCCUCUUAUGGGGGGUGGGGAGGAACAUGAAGACAGAAUAUUGUAUCCUAUAAAGGUAAAGGUAAGGGUACCCCUGGCCAUUAGGUCCAGUCGCGGACGACUCUGAGGUUGCGUGCUCAUCUUGCUCUAUAGGCCGAGGGAGCUGCCGUUUGUCUGCAGACAGCUUCCAGGUCAUGUGGCCAGCAUGACUAAGCCGCUUCCGGGGAACCAGAGCAGCACACGGAAACGCCGUCCUAUAGAUUACAUCUAUUUUGCUGAGUGGUGAAGCCGUACCAAUACUAAACAUAGCUUGGGAGAUUGGUGUCAAUUGUGCCUGCAGAUGCAAGAGAACAGAUUUGUUGCAUUAGCUACUGUAAUGUGCUCCUUAGGGUCUGUUUCUGUGUGACAAAACGUCAUGUAAUUUAUUUUAUUCUAUUUUGUCCUUAAUUUUUAAAUUAUAUUUAAUGUUUCAUUUCUAUGUGCUGCGCACACAGGACGGCAGCAGAGAAGCUGUUCUUGAAGUGUGACUUUUAGAAUAAAACAAUGCUGUGAAACUCCAUAAAAUGAAGGUUUUGGCUCAGGCUUGACAGGUGAUAGGUGUAUUGUAGAUUUUUGAAAUCUUGAACAUGUGGACCUGUUUUUCUGUUGUGUUCACUUUUGCCCUUGCUUGCUCCUUUAAAUAGAAGAGCCCAGUGCAUCCAAAAUCAUCAAGAGCCUUGGCUAUUUCCUAACAAUCAGAGUGCAAUUUCACUACUUCUUGGACUUACUGAUAUCAUAACCCUACUCAACCAAGGGUAUAUUAGUCCAGUCCAUAAGUGACUGCUGACUGUGUGUAAAUAUUGCCCUUUCUACCCAUAGAUACCACAGGAGAUGUUGCAUCCCACUUGUAGAGUCUUCAUGGUGAUGAUUCACAUCUAUGGUGAUAAUGGCAGUAGGAGUAUAAGUACUGUACAGUCAUACCUCGGAAGUCGAAUGGAAUCCAUUCUGGAAGUCCAUUCGACUUCCAAAACAUUCGGAAACCAAGGCACAGCUUCCGAUUGUACCUUGGGAUCCAAGGUACAACUGUAAUGUGCAUUAUAUGCAAUGCACACAUUUAGAAAUAACUGAAAUUGCAUGUUGCUCCUUCACAGAAUCAUGGUGCUUGGGUACUUUUUCCCAGUGGAAUAUAUUAUGUGCCACAGAUUAAUUUUAUAAUACCUUGUACUCUCUCGUCCCAUUGGAUUUAGAAAAGCAUUGCAUCUGAUGUGCUUUUUCAGUCAUUUCCAAAUCUGUGUUUCAUCUAAUGCACUUCACUGGUACUCCUGUUGCAGAAAAGGACAAUAGCUUAAUGGAAGAGCACAUGCUUUGCAUGCAAAAAGAUGCUGGGUUCCUUCCCUGUCAUUUCCAGGUAGGUCUGGAAAGGGCCCCUGUCUUUAACCCUGGAGAGCCACUGCCAGUCAAUAUUGACUUAGAUGGACCCAGUUAGUGAGCUGAUCCAGUAUAAGGCAGCUUCCUAUUUUCCAACUGCCAUUGCUACCAUAUAUCUGAAUUAAGUUUCUCAUGCAGGAUAGCUCAGCCCGUAAAGCAUAAGAUUCUUAAUCUCAGGGUUGUGGGUUUGAGCCCCACGUUGGGCAAAACAUUCCUGCAUUGCAGGGGGUUGGACUAGAUGGCCCUCAUGGUCUCUUCCAACUAUACAAUUCUAUGUUUCUAUGUUUCACCUUGGAAAAUGCCCUUGUAAACCCAUGUGUGUGUGUAUGAAGUGAGAAUUGCAUAGAACUGCUUGUGUCAUUGCGUAACACCAUGAGGCCACUUGCUAUUUGAGGUGACUGAAUCCCUCUGUUCUCAGGUGCUCAGACACACUAAAAAGUCUCCUAAUGUUACAAUUGUUUCAAGCACAGAUAUGGAGCUGUGGGUUUUGUCUUUGAUUAAUACAGUUUGCUUCUUCCUCAGAAUAUAGACACACUGCAAAUU